UCAGUUCAGUUCCAAUCUUGGAUCUCUAGACUCCAGAGAGGGACAGACCAGCCCAGAGCGCAGAGCCCCAGACAGAGCGCGAGCAGAAGCAUCCUCCAAAACUCGCGCAUCCGUAGCACCCAAGAGAGUGGGGAGCGAGGGCGCGAGGCGGUGGCCGCAGAGGGGAGCACCAAGCAUCCAUGGAUCAGCGCCAGGUGGUUAGCGAGAAUUAUGCCAAUCCCAUAACGUGCUUCUUCCAUGUGCUCUUCAAGGCGGCGGCAUUGGCAUUCUACAUCCUGUUCUCGCUCUUCGUGAAGAGCUUCGUCAUCAUCUUCGUGAUCACCGUGCUCCUCGCCGCGCUCGACUUCUGGGUGGUGAAGAACGUCAGCGGGAGGAUAUUGGUCGGGCUGCGGUGGUGGAAUGAGAUCGACGAUGAGGGAAACAGUGUGUGGAAAUUCGAGUGCCUCGAUGGGGAGUCUCUCGCUCGGAUGAACAAAAAGGACUCGUGGCUGUUCUGGUGGACCCUUUACUUGACUGCUGCUGCAUGGAUCAUUCUCGGUAUAUUUUCACUCAUCAGACUUGAGGCCGAUUACCUUCUUGUUGUUGGAGUUUGCUUGACUCUAAGCAUUGCAAACAUUGUUGGAUUCACCAAAUGCAACAAAGAUGCCAAGAAGAACAUCCAGGCGUUCGCUCAAAACGCUCUUGCUUCCCGUGUCACAUCAUCGCUGCAAUCAGCAUUUGGAGUCAUCUGAAGUUCCCACAUGGAGACCCUAAUAUUACACACAGCAGUGUACAAUUUGUCAAAAGGAUGAGUAUGCAUUCGAUAUUAUUGCCUUUCCUUUGAUUGCAAGGAUGUGACUCCUCCGGCGUAGAUAGCAUAUCCUACUAUCCCAUUUCGAUACAUUUUUUUUAUUCAUACAACAAAUAGGUUGAUUUUGAUGUACCAGAAAAUGCCUUCGGUUACUGCUCUUGGAUGGUUUGUCCGUAUACUUGUCUCCUGCUCUGAAGAAGUGAACAGAAAAUUCUCUGCAGCCUUUUUUUUUCUUUUGCCAUGGAGAUGAAAAUAUUACUGUAAUGAACAGUGUACUUAUCUGAACCUUGACAUCCAAUGCAGAAUUCUCUCUUUUUCCUUUUGAGUUGAUGCUUUGUUGCUUAA